AAUUUUUCUUUUUUCAUCCUUUUACGUUCGAUAUGGCUGUGGCUUUGCGUUUCGGGUUAAAUUUAUUAAAAAUUAACAGAAAUUCUGUACAAAGUCUUAACCGAAUUGUGGAUAGCUAUGCAGCACAAAUACAACCAAGCAGUGGAUAUGGCACCGAGGUGACCGUAGAAGCUGCACCUUUAGCGAUAAAGAAACAAAAAGUUAGCAAUGCCAUGAAAGCCUACCUCGAACGUGCGCGAGAAAAUGAUGAAUUCAUGAAAACACAAAAGCUAGAGUAUCAAAUUGGUAAAAGGCACUUGGCUAACAUGAUGGGCGAAGAUCCAGAAACAUUUACGCAAGAGGAUAUCGAUAAUGCAAUCGAAUAUCUAUUUCCCUCGGGCUUGUUCGACAAACGUGCACGACCGCUAAUGAAAAGUCCGGAAAAAAUCUUUCCAGUGCGUAAAGCGGCGGAGUUUGACGAAACGGGUCGGCCAUUCCACAGUAUGUUUUAUACUGGAAGCCCUAAUUUCUUCAAAUUGUUGUUCGAUAUUGUGGAGGAGAUGAAUAAAUUAUAUGAACUGGAAGAACGUAUGUUGCGUCGUGGCACGCGCGCUGACCCAAACCAGAAAGUGGACUUCACUGGUUUCGAGUGGUUGCCUAAGAGUCAACUUGAAACCAAGUUGGUCGAACACAUUAACGACUUAGAGUAUACAAAUUUUACAAAUGCCAUGGAUCGCUUAGUGUCAUUACCAUUUUCAUAUAAAAGUCGUGACUUUAUUAACAAAUUCGCCAAACCGUUGCUGGAUCAAACAAAACAAUUGGAAAUACCAAAACCACAAUUCGAUGCAGAUGGUCGUCAAUUUGUUACUACAUAUGAGUGUUUACGUAAGGCCGCACGUGGCGAUGUUACUAUACGGCUGCCUGGUACAGGAAAAAUUACAAUUAACGGGCAAGAUAUAACAUAUUUCGAAGAAUUACAGAGUCGAGAGCAGUCUAAAGUACAACGUAAAAAUCUGAACGCUAGCAGCUAGAUGUACAAACACACGUGUCGAGAAGAAGAGAGAAACGAAUAAAAAAUGAAAAACUAA